AAGUGUAAAUUCUAAUUUGACACCACAAAUGGCUACGCGAAUAUAGCCACAAGUAAGGCAUAGUUGCCGCAACGUAUUAAAACUUCUGUCACGCUGUUCACACCUGUUACAAUUUUAAUCAUCAGCACAAUGAAUCAGCUCGAGCCGAUAAAGAGGUCUCAGAAUGAAACAAUACAUAAUGUGUGGCAAACCAUAAAACUUUUUUAUUCAUAUUUAUAAUCAUGUUUUUUUAUCAAUGAAAAAUAUAGAAAUAUGCCAGAGAAAUGAGUUAUAAAACUUGCACAUUUCGCAAUAUUCGCAUAUUCUAUAUGCAAAAAGAUAUAGAAGGCGAUAUACAUGUGCUGUUUGUGUUCCUAUUUAUGUAUUUAUUAUUUACUUAAAAGAUUUUGAUUCCUGCCGGACAUACAGAAGGACAGCGCGAACGAAAGAGAGGUAGCAAGAACGAAAUAAUACACAUAAUGUACGCGACCAUAAAACUUAUAGGAAUGAAAACUGCAGAACAUUAAUAAUUUCAAGAAGGUGAAUCGGAGGGAGUGAGGAUGCAACAGUUUUACAGUAAUUCUAAACGCGUUUAUAAAUAGAAAACAAAGAAUCGGCGGCUGAUGCUCGCCGGUGACAGCUGAUCGCGCGGACGGUGUAAUACAUACGAGUGCGAGUGAGAAAGCAAGAUGACGAUACCGAUGGCUUUGCGAGACAGACUGUGUUUUGUCGCACGAAACGACAUCGAUUUUGUCAUCUUGCUUUCUCACUCGCACUCGUACGAAUUUCUGGUCGCGAAUAUUUUCGCCCGCAGGGAAUAAGAAAUAAAGAGAUAUGUACUAAUUAAUCAUAUAUUCUUUUUAUUAUUUUUAUACAUUUUUCAAUAAUAGUUUACGAUUACAUUCCGUCCUCCUCUGCCGCCGCCGCGCCGUCCUCUUCCUCUGCCGCCGCCGCCGCCGCCGCCGCGCCAUCCUCGUCCUCCACGGCGGCCGCCCCAUUUGCUUCGACGGUGGCCACCGCCAUAUACCAUUUUCUUUAACAGCUUUUUAAUCUGAAAUAUAAUAAUGAAUGGUACUAAAAUUGUGACAUUAUUAAAAAAAAACAAAAGAUAAUCGUGUAAAUUCAUUUGCUACUAUUGUAGAAAUGACUUCUUUUCACGAAAAUCUAAUUCUGCCACAUUUAUUACAUAGGAAAAGCAAUGUUUUUACUUACUUGCGACGACGACGACGACGACGCCGACUGCUGCUUUUCCUUCUGUUUCUCUUCUUCCUUCUUUCUCUCUUUUUCCGCUUCUUUAUUUUCUUUCUUUUCUUCCUUCCUCUCUACCUUCUCUCCUUUCUUCCCUGUCUCAUUUCUGUCCACUUCCAUCUGUAAAGAAAGUAAUUUAUAUAUAAAUAACGUAAUAUUAAUGAUAUAAUAUUUUACUGGCCGAUUAUACGCACCUCGUGGUCUGACAUCUUGCUUUCUUUGAUUGUCUUUUGUCGUUGAUGCUGAAACCACUCGAAUGGUGGUGGGGAUCAGGACCGUGUUCACUGUUUUAUAAAAUAGACCUUUUCCUAUUUUCUAAUUUUUUAUUUUACGGAUUACAUUCUUAUUUUCAUGUUAUAUUUUUGUUUUAUAAUUUUAAUUCAUAAUAUUAUAAAUGAAUACAACUUCAAAAGUUUUUUUUUGUCAUUGUUCUUUAUUUUUCGUAGUCCUUAGAAACACUCCCCACCAUGGUGCCCUAUGUUUCUCCGUAUUGCAUUUUACGUUUUCGCGACAGUUGCAUUCGAAGCAAGAAAUAGAUAGCAUCAUUGAAUUUAUUUCAAAGCUUCGAAAGUGUGAAGUGAUCAAAGCGAGAGGUGAAUAUUGUGGUGUGAUAGUGACAAUGAGUGAUAGUGAAAAUGUUCUCAUGAUUGAAGUGAUUGAAGAUAGGAGAAAUGAAUGUGUGGCGGAUAAUAGAAGUCGUCGGCCAAAAUAUACAAUCAGUACGAAAAGAUAUUCGAAAAAAACAGCAUGCCGCGAAAGAAGGCGGCGGUUAGCCCUUCAGAAAAGUUCCGUACAAUCAACAUCCGAUGGACAAAGAUACACGGCAAACAGAAACGGCAAAUUCGACAGAAAUUUUUGAAGAAACGACGAAUGAAUUGUUUGAAAUUGAAGAAACAAACAAUGCUGAAGAUGGGAUAAAUAUGGAAGGCACAAAUUCAGAAAAUGAAGAACUGAUGAUACAGAAAGUUGUAACGAACGAGCCUGAAGAACAAUUCUGUAUACCAAAUGGCUUCAGUAUCGUGGACAUGCAGCACAUCUUUGCUGAAUUUCAGAAAAUAAGUGACCAUGCUAAAAACAGGGAAGACUGUGGAAUUAGACACCUGAAAAUAACCGGCAUGAAACGGUCGGGCCUGAGGACCACCCUCAGUGUAAUAUGCGAUAUGUGCAAAUAUAAAGGUGAAAUCCACAGUGAACCUGACAAAAGCAAUAAAAUGGAAACAAACCAGUGUGCAGUUGCUGGAACAAUUGUGAAUGGAGGCAGUUAUGCCCAAAUGGAGGAGUUCCUUGCAGCGAUGAACAUACCCUCCAUGUCGAAGAAAGAAUUUAGAAAGCAUCACGAUAAAAUCGUGAAAGCACUAAUUGUUGCUGCAGAAGAAGAGAUGGUAACAGCGGCAGAGGAAGAAAAACGCUUGGCCAUUGAAAGAGGCGAUAUUGUUUCCGGAUGUGGAAUCCCUCACAUCCCCGUUGUGGCCGAUGGAAGCUGGAUGAAACGAUCAUACCGGACUGGAACGUACAAUUCCGCGUCUGGAGUCGGCGUUAUAAUUGGAUAUCACACGAAGAAAGUUUUAUUUAUUGGUGUGAGAAACAAGGUGUGCAGGAUUUGCCGAUGUGCUGCGAAAAAGAAAGAAGAGCCACGAAAGCACACCUGUUUUAAAAAUUGGAGCGCAAGCCAAGCAUCAACGGCUAUGGAAAGUGACGCUAUAGUCGAAGGCUUCAAGACCAGCGUAGAAAAACGUGGGCUGAUUUAUUCAACACUGAUUGCUGAUGGGGACAGCAGCGUUUAUAAAAAAAUUAUAGAUGCAGAACCAUAUAAAGCACAGAUUCGUGUAAAAAAAAUUGAAUGCACGAAUCAUUUAUUGCGAAACUUUUGCAGAAAAAUGAAAGAAGUUGUAAAGAUGGCAACACCUGGUCCAUUCAGAAGAAUCGUUGAAAGCAGCAUUCGGCGAAUGCUUGCGGACAUAGUAAAAGCCGCAGAGUACAGAUACAGUCAGCAAGUAACAACCGCUGAAAAAAUUAAGAAUUUGUAUGCCGACAUACACAAUGUUCCUAGCCAUGUUUUUGGUGAACACGCAGAUUGUUCAAAACUACAAUACUUCUGCGAUGGAACGAGUAAAAAAGAUGAAAAGAACAUUGUUCCCGAAUUGAUGAAGAUGGGAGUGUAUGAACAAAUCAAAGAAAUACUUCGAUCUCUGUUGGCGCAUGCUGAGAGUUUGCUGUAUAACAGCAACAAUAAUGCCGUCGAAAGUUUCAACGGAAUCAUCGCAAAAUAUACAGGAGGAAAAAGAUUGAAUUUCGGCGAGAGGGGAUCUUACACGGGAAGAUGUGCUGCUGCUGUCCUACAGUAUAACACAAAAUAAGUGUUGUCGCGUCUGAAUACGGCGAUAAACAAGGAACCGCCCGUUAUUUUACGCAAAAUAGAAAAUAGAAGGAAGAAAGAAAAUGAGAAAUACAGUGAAAAGAGAAAGGAAAAAAAAAUUACAAAACACGUGCGGAAACAAUUCCGUUCUGAAAAGGAUUCCAAUUACGGACCAAAUGCUGAAAAGCCGGAUAUGGCUAACAAUAUUUAUGAAUUAGAGCAAAAAAAACAUAUGGAAAUGUUACAGAAUUGGUAAAAUAGAAGAGAUGCCAUUGAAGAAGAAACCAUCGGUCAAGCGAAAAAUUCGAGAUGGUUGAAUUACAAAUCUAAAUUAUUGACGGCCUCAAAUUUCGGACGAAUAUGCCGUCGUCGAAUUGGCAUGCUCUGUGGAAAUUCAGUGAAGUCGUUAGUGUAUCCACGACUGAUUAGUGCACCUGCAGUACAAUAUGGACAGGAAUGCGAAAAAUUCGCACGUGAACAACUAAGUGUGUGCAUUGGUGUUGAAAUUAAAGAAUGUGGAUUAUUUAUUGAUAGUGCCAUCCCGUUCUUAGGAGCUUCGCCAGAUGGACUUAUAGACGAAGAGGGCAUUGUGGAAAUCAAAUGUCCGAAAACGGCGGAGAAUUUAUUGCCGGAGGAGGCAAUCAAAAGUGUUGCAGUUAUUCGGCGUAUAUUUGCAGACGCAGAAGGAAAUGAAUUGAACAGGAACCACUACUAUUACUACCAAGUACAAGGACAACUACAUGUCACAGGUAGAAAAUAUUGCUUAUUUUGUAUUUGGACCCGAAAAGGGUUAAAGUACAUUAGAGUCGAUAGAGACGAUAAUUUUUGGCAAAAGAAUAUGGAGCCAAAAUUAAUUCAAUUUUAUUUAUUGUGCAUGUUACCGGAAUUAAUAGAUAGCCGGUACAAUAGGGGAAUGCCCAUUCGGGAGCCUCAAUUUAUAACAGAGGAGAGAGCAAGCUUGGAAAAGCGCAAAAGGUCCCUCUCAGAAAGUAGCACGAAUAUUGCUACUGUCCGGCGUCGCACUGCACUGUAAAGUGCAGUAACACUGACUCUGUUGGUGGUUCACAAUUGCAUGAAAUAGCAAUUGUACUCGCGGAUCAUACGAUCUCGUGAGUUGCUCGACGCAAAAAUACUGUUACUGUCCGGCGUCGCACUGCACUGUAAAGUGUAGUAACACUGACUCUGUUGGUGGUUCACAAUUGCAUGAAAUAGCAAUUGUACUCGCGGAUCAUACGAUCUCGUGAGUUGCGCGAUGCCAUACUAUAUUUAUUAAAAUUUGUUACAGAUUUUCGAAGAAAGGAUUCCCGAGAAGAGGUUUUUUGGAGCGAAGCGAGCGUAGGACUCUAAAUUUAUUUUUUCAGCUGAAACAAUUUUUUUCUUAUUCCCUUCAUGAAAUUAUUAAUGUCUUAUAUCAUCUUUUCAAUUAACUUUUUCUUUUUUCAAUAUUUAUCAUCAUUCAUCUUCAUCUUUGCAUGAACAUUUUUGUCGUUCAGAAAUUAAAAACAGCAUUUUCCUCUUCUCGAAAUAAAUUAAAAAAUUAUAUAUAGGUAUAUUCAAGAAAGCAUUACCUACCAGGACAAAUGGACUGCAAAUAUGCUGUCUGAUCACGUAUAAUCGGCAAGUAUAAUCUUACAUAAUUAAUAUUAUGUUAUCUAUACAUAAAUUACUUUCUUCACAGAUGGACGAGGAAGAAGAAGAAGAAAAGAAAGAGGAUAAGGUCUAAGGAACGAAGUCGGAUAAAAGGGAAGAGAAAGGAGAAUCCGAGGCCGUCAACGUCGCAAAUAAAACAAAUUCAAUACCACAUGACUGGGAUGGCUGUCAUGGUAAUCGACGAUGCAGACGCCGCGGAGAAAGAAGAGGCCGAAGCGGGCGGCGGGCGGCCAAUUAUUGUUUAUAUAUAUUGAUAAUAUUUCAAUAAAUAAAUAUUGUAUAUAUAGAUCAAUUUACAUACAUCUGUUUAUUUUCCAUUCCCUUUCUGAAAUUAUUAAUACCAUGUAGUUUUUAUUCGUAUAAAUUUUAUAGUCGCGUACAUUAUGUGUAUUACAGUCUCAUCGAAUCUGUCGUGGCGUGUGACUCGAACAUAUGUAUUUCCGCCGAUCGGUACUACGUUGUUUGAUUCAUGAUACUCCUUCUCUUUCUAUCGCGCUAUCCUUUUCUAUGUCCGCCUGGAAUCAAAAUCUCGCUCGGCUCGAGCGAAUUCAUUUUGCUAGAUGGUCAGGAUUGUCACAGAUGUGGCAACACCGCGACAGAACUCUCAAAUAAUGUGAUUCGACAAUUACGCCACCUCACUUUCGUUUCUUAUUCUACAUAAUGACGUUAGAUGUCACACCGUCAAAUGUCACAUUUAUCAAUUAUAUGUUUUCACGAUUGCCCGAAUCUUUAUAAUGGCGCUUACAUCGAUUCGGAGGAGGCCACGAAGGAGUCUGUGCCCUUAAUUUGAUAACUAAUUUGAUAGUCAACAGACAUAAUGGGACGAACUGUAAAUUUUACGAAAUUUCUCGAAGGUUACGCAUCUAUAUGGCGUAUGGUUUAUGGCUUAAGUUUCACUCGGUUUCUUAUCUUUGGUUGACAUGAUCAUCGGCGGCACUGGUUUACUCCAUCUCUAUGUGCCAUAGUAAUGCUCGGCUAAAUUUCACUACGUUCGGGAGUCAGCAGUGAAAUUAACGCGAGCAGGGUAGCGUUUUUAUUCCGAGAAUUAACUCGAGCAGAACUUGACAGAAUAAGAGAAUAGAUACGAUAGGAGGAAGCGAGACGCUCGAGGCACGUCACUUUAAAGAGAUGCCGCGAGUGAAAAAAGUGAACAUGCAAUAACGAGAAUUUCACUAUCGGUAAUUUUCAACUUAUUUUUAUGAAAAUUAUACCAUUGAAUUAUUGAGAUCCUUCUGAUUGAAAUAAGUCCAAACACGACGUAAAUCGGUUUGUAUUUACGUUAUCUAAUAAUUUCAUAAGAAAUCACGUAGAGUUAAUCAUAAUGUAAAUCAUAAUGGAUCAUGUACAGUAAAUAUGGUUCAAAUUAUAUCGUGUUUGGAUUCAUUUUAAUCGGAAGAAUGUCAACUAUCCAUCGAUGCUACAAUUAUAAACGUAAGACGAAAAUGACUGAAAAUAAAAUUUUCUUUACUGCAUGUUUAUUUUUUCCAGUCGCGGCAUCCAUUUGAUGUACGUCUGUUCUCUUUCUUUUCAUUGUAUUCAUUUUCUGUCUUUGUCUACUGAGAUCAGGUUUCGCCGAGCUCGCUGUGCUGAGUGGUAGGAGAAGAGUGGGGCUGGGUCGUGGAAAUUUAACCGAGCAGAUUUCAGUGAAAUUUAGCCGAGCAUUACUGUACUCGGUCGAGACAUGGAGGAAGAUCGUAUAUGGAAUUAUUAAUUGAAUCUAUUAAAAUAACAUUAGAUAUGUGAAUGCUUGAAUAUAUUUUAUUAUAUGUAUGGUUAAAUAUUGCUUAAUGCUAAGGAAAAUUAAUAUAUAAAAGAACUGAACAGAAACUCUUCUUUACGGCAUCCAUCUUGCCAAGCAUACCAUGUAUAUAACAAAAGAAUCUUAUCUUAGAGGAAACCGUUACAAAACCAUAGAAUAGUGAAUCAAUAGAAAUGUAUACAUAUACCAACAGAAUCGU